AUGGCUGACGAAGUCCCUCGUCGCAAGGAUACCAAAUCUGGAUUCUCGAUUGUCUCCCCUGACCGCAAGGGAUCUUCUCAAUUCGACCACGACCAACAACGUCGCUCUCGCUCCCGGGCGAGGAACAGCAACAACAGCAACAAAGUCGGCAAUGAACAACAACGCAUCUCAGUCGACUCCUUCCCUGGGCGCUCCUUCCCUGGGGACCAACCAUCGAUCCACGAGGACAGUGAUAGCGUCGAUCUCGAGAUGGCCUUGCCUCUUCAUUGCAGCACACUGCCCUUUCCUGACUCUCCUUACUCUAGACCUCGGCAACCACCCAUUAUCCCUGUCAACCCUCGGUCACAACCGCCAACACCGGCGCCUGUUCCUCCUCCUCGGUCAAUAUCGAUUCCGAUGCCAGAAACAACGACGUCAAGUCCAGUAGAGGAGAAGGAAGAAGUGUCUGAGAAGCCCAACCAUAUCCACAUCGACAUAACCGAAAUGCAAGUCGUUGGCAGUGACGAGAUCAAGAAUGUCGUCCAACCGUCUCCACAACAAGAGCAGGUCGCACAACACACACCAGAAGCAUCCGCCUCCGCUGCCACAGAAACAGAGGAGACGCCUCGUGAGUCAACAGACACCAUCAUGCCAACGCCUGUCCCUCGCAGACCCAAGCUUACAGUCCAAAAUAGCUCCGACAGCUUUAUCCAAGGCGGUCGUGCUCGCAUCUCGAUCGCCCGCCCUCCUCCUCCUCCGCCCACUAUUCCCCCUCCAGCUAUACCCUCGGGCCAAGAGCAUGGCAGGGUUUCGACCGAGUCGUCCUAUCGGUCUAGCAUGUACUCUACAUCUAAUCAAUCCGCGGGAGGGCGUCGUCCAGGAAUGUCGACAGACUCAUCGCGCAUCUCUUACUCUCGUCGCAGUGUCAGCAUGGAUACUACUUCCUUUAUAGUAGAUGGUCGCAGGCUGUCUCGCAAACUCAUCUCUCCCCCCAACAUGCCUCCUCCCCCCAUCACUCUGCCCCCUCCUCCACCAGUCCCAGUACCCACAACCUCGCCAUCUUUAACACCAAUCUCGUCCACGCCACAUCAAGCACCCCGUCGUCAACGCCACCAACGUAAUCCUAGUCAAGCCCUCAACACGAGUCUCUUUGAUUCGUCAGACCGGUCGGCCAUCUCUCCACCCCUCUCGCCCCUGACUGUUCAAAUCCCUCGACCCAGCUCUCGGUCCUUCCAGUCACUGCUGACAAUAAACACCCAGCUCACUGCCGAGAAUGUACAGCAAUACCUCCAACAGCAACAACCCCAGCCACUCGAGAUCUACAAACCUGAUAGUCCUACCGAUAGCGUCUUUGCCGUUUCCCCAAGGACUUCCUCCCUUCACCAUGCCCCACGGUCAAGAAGCAGGUCAGCGACUCAACUCGAGACUCAGCGGAUUAUGAUCCCUCCUUCUCCUGUCAAUGCCACUGCUUUUGGUGCUACCUCGCCUACCUUUUCUCCUCCUGUGCCUCCUGUCCCUGCAAUGCCGAGCUCUCUUGCGGACCAUCUCCCAUUGUCGUCGCCCCGGUCGACAUCGUCUCAGUCGUACGUUGCAUUCAAGCAGCCCUCCCUGUCUCACCAACAGUCGUCCAGCAGCCUUGAUAAUCCCCGAACUGAUGCUAUAGCCUCAGGCUCAACUAGCCAUAACCACUACCACUAUGGCGCAAACGACAAUGGCCACCAUGACUACCAGCACUACGAACGAGGCGCCCACUCACCGGAACCCAAGAAGCGCCACCACCAGAAGCAGCACCGCCGUCGAUCCAUGUCCGCACCUACCUCCCCUUCCUCGCCUACCUCUCCUUCCUCCCCUUCAUCUUCCCGCCAAAGGGAAAGGACCUCUUCUACAUCACCCUCCUCUGGUCGUAGAUCCAAAGAGGAUUCCGUUAGGGCUAGUGCGACUGCUACUCCAACUAGUACAAAGGACCAAGAACUGCAGGCCAUCAUCGCUGACGCGAUCGCGAUCGCAGCUGCCAAAACCGCAGCCGUCGAGACAGCGCGCCAGAAUGACUUUUCGCGACAGUUGCAAACAAAGCAGCAGCAGCAUCAGCAGUACUUGGAGCAACAUCACCAGUACCAGCAACAUCAGUAUCAGCAGAGACGAGGUGUGCAACCCCCGCCGCAAAUGGACUCUUGGCGGUCGAUUACUCCUUCUACGGCCGAUUCUUCUCGACCUGAGUCUCCUCUGUGA